UAACUCUUCUGCAUUUGAAUCUGAUCUUCUUUUCCUAGCUUUCCAGCAAAGUAAAGCCAAGCAAACAGGUUUUCUCAUAAAGAAUGGGAAGGGAUGUGGUUGUGAUCGGGGCAAAACAUUGUAUGUACUUUCUACUAGUUACCAGGGACUAUAAAUUUUGAUACAAUAUGACACCCAUGAACUGAUUUUUAUCCGUAUUUAUGAGAAAUCUGUUUGAAUUUUGAGCCUGUUUGCCCUUCAAUAUCAGCUUCCUCAUUAGAUCUCUCCCAGUGGGGACCGACAAAUCUUUUUUUUUUUUUAAAUACCAAAUGUACUGCCAUACUCUUCCUCCUCCAUGUACACCUUGUCCCAUUGCUUUCUCUCUCUCACAAGUCACACAACCAGCAUUUAUACACUCUCCAAUCAUUCUACUUUCCCCAUUGGGUUUCUCCUUCUCGUCUUUGCUUUCCCUCUUCAUUCUUCAUGGCUCUCUUUCUCUCGCUUCUUCUCAUUCUAUUGUUUCCUUCAACCAAUGCUGAAUGGCCACCUUCUCCUGGCUAUUGGCCAAGCUCUAAAUUUAGGCCUAUGAGCUUUUAUUAUGGGUUUAGGAAUCUUUGGGGUCCUGGCCAUCAAAGUGUAGACCAAAAUGCAUUGACAAUCUGGCUUGACAGAACUUCAGGAAGUGGAUUCAAGUCAGUUCGUCCUUUUCGUUCUGGUUACUUUGGAGCCUCUAUUAAGGUCCAAUCUGGUUACACCGCAGGGGUCAUAACAGCUUUCUAUCUAUCAAACAAUGAAGCUCAUCCAGGAUUCCAUGAUGAAGUGGACAUAGAGUUCCUUGGAACUACAAUUGGGAAGCCUUAUACUUUACAGACCAAUGUGUAUAUCAGAGGGAGUGGUGAUGGAAAAAUCAUUGGAAGGGAAAUGAAGUUUCAUCUUUGGUUUGAUCCAACCCAAGACUUUCACCACUAUGCCAUUCUUUGGAGUCCUACGGAGAUCAUAUUCCUAGUGGAUGAUGUGCCUAUAAGGAGGUAUCCAAGGAAGAGUGCUGCAACAUUUCCUCUAAGGCCAAUGUGGGUGUAUGGUUCAAUAUGGGAUGCCUCAUCAUGGGCAACUGAAGAUGGAAAAUACAAAGCUGAUUACAGAUACCAACCAUUUGUUGCGAAGUACACCAAUUUCAAAGCAGGUGGGUGCUCCGCCUAUGCACCAGCUUGGUGCCGCCCAGUGUCCGCCUCGCCUUUCCGGUCCGGCGGGCUAACCAGGCAACAAUAUAGAGCAAUGAGAUGGGUUCAAAGAUACCAUAUAGUGUAUGACUAUUGCAGGGACCCCAAAAGGAACCAUGCCUUAACCCCAGAGUGUUGGAGCUAG